AAUUUCAAACAAUUUAUUUAAUAGCAACUAAAACGUUUUCCAAUAUCUUGAUGACAUUCUCAAGCAGAUUUUAAAAGUGAAGGUUUGCUUUUAUAGAGCUGUGAAAGCAUCAUUAUGGGGACAAAAUUGUUUCUAUUUUUUGCACUUAAUUUCGUUGCCCAAAUUUUUGCUUCUCCUGCAUCAGAUGGCUGGAACUGGGAAGAAGUAGAUCCUUAUUUUUCUACUACGGAAAAACCUUCCACAACUCUUAGACCAACAUCUACAACAGGAAAUCAAAACCCAUCAACUACUUCUAUUCCAAAUCCAUCAACCACUUCCAGUCCAAACCCAUCAACCACUUCACUUCCAAUCCCUUCAACUACCCCUAGUCGCACAUAUCGUAAAUGUGUUAAACGAUGUCCUUCUUUAAGUACCUAUGACCCUGUUUGUGGUACCGACAAUAUGAACUAUGAUCAUGAAAGUAAACUGUAUUGCGCCAAAAAAUGUGGCAGGAUGGUUGAUAAGUUACACGAUGGAAUUUGUACACCUCCAGUAACUUCAACAAUGACUACCACAAGUGCAACUCAAUCUUUUGGAACUUUAAACUCUUCGUGUUUUAAACGAUGCCCCAAAACAACCGAGUACAACCCUGUAUGUGGCACUAAUAACGUGACUUAUGAUAACCCAAGUCGAUUUAAAUGUGCCCAAAUGUGUGGAAUUAAUGCUGAAAUACGUAACAAUGGACCUUGUUCGUCAAAACCUCAGCCAACUACAAUUCGGCCAGCAACAACAAAAGCAACAACUCUUCCUCCAAACUUUCGAGCUUGCAUAAGACAGUGUAUUGUCUCCAAUGACUACAAACCGGUGUGUGCAUCAGAUGGGUCCACGUACAAUAAUGAGAGUGAAAUAAUGUGCGAUAUUUCGUGUGGACGAAAAGUUGAAAUGGUGCGAAAUGGGCCUUGUUAA